AUGCGAACAAUAACGAAACCAGGGACGAUCAAGAUAAACAAGAAUAAAGAUAAUUAUGAGUAAUACAAAAUCCUAGUACUUGGGGAUCCAUUUGUUGGAAAGACAGCAAUUUUGGACAGAUACAUCAAUGGUGAUUUUUCAGAGAAAUACAAUUCAACAAUAGCAGUUGAUUUCAAACAUGUCCAACCAUCAUCAAACAUCUCUUUGAACUUUUGGGAUUUCAGUGGACAACAAGAAUUUGUAGAAGUUAGAAAUGAAUUUUAUAAAGAUGCGAAUAUGAUAAUGUUGGUGUUCGAUUUGUCGUCUCGUAAAACUUUGGAAACUUUGGACAUGUGGGUUAGAGAAGCCAAUGAUUAUGGUGCUGCCAAUAUCCCCAUUUUGGUUGUGGGCAAUAAGAAGGAGAAGAGAAGUAUGUCGGAGAACGAAGGUUACAAUUGGGCCAAACAAAGAUCCUAUCAAUAUAUAGAGGUGUCAGCUCAGUAGAAUAACAAUAUUGAUUUGUUGUUCAAAGUGAUCAAGGACAUUUUUACUUAGAAAAAGUGA